AUGCGGCCCGAGGUCUACGAUGAGCUUCGCCAAGAGGCCAUCGAUUCUGCUCCCACAAACUGGCGCUGCGUCUCCUUCCCCUCGGCCGGCCCGAGCUCGUCCUCCGCCGUCUCGACCGAGGCGUCCCCGGUCCUGGACGGAGUGCUGUAUCUGAGAUCGCCCAACGGCAGUGGCCCAUGGAUGGUGAUGGCCAACGCCAAUGGCGUGUGCUACGAGGAGAUCAUGCUAGAGGCCUCGUCUCUCCAUGGCGCCGCAACCUCGCUGCUGCUGUUCAACUAUCGCGGCGUCGGGCGGUCGACUGGCGUUCCGCUCCGCGGCGAUGACCUCGUCGAUGAUGUCCUCGGCGCCAUCGCCUUUCUUGGCUCCGAGUUUGGCGUCGCUCCCGAGGACGUCAUGCUCUAUGGCCACUCGAUGGGCGGCGGCGCGGUUGCGCUCGCCCGCGCAGCCUGUGGCCCGGCGGGAACCUUUGUCUCGGACCGCUCGUUUGCCUCGCUCGCUGCUGUUGUCCCGCACCAUCUCCGCUCCGGGCCGAUGGCGCUCAUUGUCGGCUUAUUUGUCGCCGUCCUCGCUGCCGUUCUUGGCAUGCUCUUCUCUUCCACCACUGACUCGCUCGGCCCGUGGGUCGCUGCAUGGACCGUCGCCUGUUGGCUGGGCAUGGCGUACGCCAUCUCGGACCUCGUAGCCAACAACGCUGCCAGCAUUCCACGCGACAAGCUGCCGCACUGGUGGGCCUCGCUCGCCGCACAUACCUCUCAUCGCACCGUCGCCUUUGCCACGCUCUCGGUCCCGUUUCUCCUUGCUGCUGCCCCGCUCUUUCUCGCCCUCGCCCACUUUGGCGCCCUCGCGCCGCUUGGCUCGCGGCUCAUUGUUGCCUUUGGCUGGAAACUCGAUGCUGCCACCGCCUGGAAAGCCGUCUCCGGCCCACGCCUCUUGUUCUACCACGAGCUCGAUGAGAUGAUCAACUUUGACCACUGCUCACUCUACGCCGCUCUCGCUGCGGACCCGAGCUCCGGCUUUGAUCCCGCCCGCCACGCCGUCAAGGGCCUCGUCGUCACCCGCCUCGCAUCCAACGGCCCGUUCUUUCACAUGUACCCAGUCGCCAAGGACCCAAACGCCUCGCUCUUGCUGUCGCGAAUGGAGGCGAUGCGCGAGUCCCGCUAAACACCGUCCCCACCA